AUGGCUGCCUUCAACAAAAUCCUCUCGUCGGUUCUUCUGGCCAUCGCCUACUCCUCCAUCGCUUCUGCGUUCCAGGAGCGCAGCGUCGUCGAUGAUUUGAAGCAUUCGACGCACCGUGUUCGCCAUAUCAGCCGCGACCUCAAGCUCGAGGUCUUCCACCCCGAGUCGACGUACGAGACUUUCGGCACCGGAAUCGAGCACACGCUCGAUGCUCGCGCUCCCAGGGACUUGAACUCGACUGCGCUUUCCUUCAUUCAAUCCCGCCUCGGUGUUGACGCCUCUUCUGUCGGCUUCAAGAGCGGUUACACAGACGGUGGAGAGAAGUUCGCAUAUGUCAAGCAAUACCACGACGGCAUUCCCUUCAUUAAUGCCGUUGCCAACGUUGCUUGGAAGGAUGACAAGGUCGUCUCCUUCGGUGCUUCUUUCGUGAAGCCCAACUCCAUUGCUGGGUCUCGCCCAACUGUUGCCGCUUCCUCCGUCAUCUCAAAGGUCGAAGCCGCCUUUGACGGCAAAUAUAACGGCAGGCCUACCGGCCUCGAGUACCUCGCCCAGGCUGAUGGCUCCGUCGCCCUCGUGCACACCAUCCAAGUUCAGAACCUUGAUGUCAACAGCUGGUAUGAGGUUUACGUUGACGCCCACACUGGUGAAGUUCUUUCCGCCACCGACUACGUCGCCGAUGCCUCCUACACCGUCCUGCCCAUCAACAAGAAGAUUUUGACCGAAGGCCAAGAGACUCUCACCAACCCUCAGGACACCCUUGCCUCUCCUUCGGGCUGGCAUGCUUGGGGAACGACCACCACAACGACCACUUCCGGCAACAACGUUCUGGCUUAUCGAAGCACGACGACCUCCCUUACCUCGCAAAGCGCCACUGGCCUUGUCUUCAAUUACCCAUACACGGCCUCCGGUGCUCCUAGCACCACAGCGAACAUCAAUUCUGCCCGCACCAACGCGUUCUAUGUCAUCAACACCAUCCAUGACUUCGCCUACCGCUACGGCUUCACUGAGACUGCCUUCAACUUCCAGACCGACAACUUCGGCAGGGGCGGUGCGGCCAACGAUCGUGUCCAGGUCUCUGUCCAAGACUCCUCCGGCACCAACAAUGCCAACUUCGCCACCCCUCCCGAUGGCCAGUCGGGUAUCUGCCGCAUGUACAUCUGGACCCAGACCACGCCCAACCGCGAUGGCUCGCUCGAGAACGACAUUCUCGUCCACGAGAUGACCCAUGGUAUCACCAACCGCAUGACUGGUGGUGGAACUGGCCGUUGCUUGCAGACCACGGAGGCCGGUGGUCUUGGAGAGGGUUGGUCGGACGCUCUCGCCGAUUGGACUCAGCACAAGUCGGCUACCGUCCGCGACUUCGUCUUGGGCGACUACGUCACCAACAACCCCGCUGGUAUCCGCACCAGGCCCUACUCGACGAGCACGACCACCAACCCCUUAAGGUACUCGAAUGUCAGCGGUCUUACCUCCGUCCACCGCAUCGGGGAAAUCUGGGCCAACAUCCUCCACAACGUUUACGCUUCUCUCGUCGCCCAACACGGAUGGUCUGCGACCGCCAGGACCAACCCUGCUGGCACUGAGGGCAACAUUGUCUUCCUUCACCUCUUCCUGGACGCUCUCCGCCUCCAACCUUGCAACCCCACCUUCGUCACUGCACGUGCUGCGUGGAUCCAAGCCGAUGCCAACCGUUACAGCGGUGCCAACAGGUGUCUCCUCUGGAGAGCCUUCGCCAGCCGUGGUCUUGGCCUCAACGCCUCUGGCUUCGUUGACAACACCGCCAUCCCCUCCGACUGCUAA